CUCCUUCCUUCUCUCCUCGGUGCUGCAUUGCCCACAGACUGCGCCAGCGGCGCCCAGGAAGGGAAAGUUCCUCUCCUCCUGGCUGCAGGGUCUUCCCCUCCGGAGCUCCAUCCUCCUCCUCUUCCUUCCGGGGCAGAUGCCAUAAUGGCCUCCACCAUUAUGUUGGUGCUCGUCUCCAGUCUGGCCCAGUUUGCCCCCACGGGGGGCUUCCACUUCUCCAGGGAAAGCACAGACGACCUCAAAGCCCUGCAGGUCUCCAUCCCCAGGCAGCCUCCUGUCCGAGCGGUGCUGGCAGGCAGCCUGACCCUCCCCUGCUACGUCACCUACCUGCGCCCGCUGCCCACCUCUGGGACCGGGGGCCGCCAUGCCAUCCAGGGGGCGCCCCGGGUGAAGUGGACCUUCCUCUCGGAGGGCCAGGAGGCAGAGAUCCUUGUGGCCCGCGGCCUGAAGGUCAAAGUGAGUGAGGGCUACCGAGACCGGGUGGCCCUCCCCUUCUACCCGGACUCCCCCACGGACGCCACCCUGGUCCUGAACGAGCUGCGCUCCAACGACUCCGGCGUCUACCGCUGCGAUGUCCAGCAUGGCAUUGAGGACGGCCAUGACCUGCUGGAGGUGAAGGUCAAAGGGGUGGUGUUCCUCUACCGAGAAGGCUCCUCUCGGUACGCCUACACCUUUGCAGGGGCUCAGGAGGCCUGCGCCCGGAUUGAGGCCGAGAUUGCCAUCCCUGAGCAGCUAUAUGCAGCCUACCUGAGUGGCUAUGAGCAAUGUGAUGCGGGGUGGAUCGCCGACCAAACCGUCAGGUACCCCAUCCAGACCCCGAGGGAAGCCUGCUACGGGGACAUGGAGAGCUUCCCGGGUGUCCGGAACUAUGGCGUGGUGGACCCCGAAGACAUGUAUGACGUCUACUGCUACGUGGAGGAGCUCUACGGAGAGCUCUUUGUGGUCAGUUCCCCAGAGAGGUUUACGUGGGCUGAGGGCAGAGCCGAGUGCGAGGCGCUUGGGGCCACCAUGGCCACCACAGGCCAGCUCUACGCCGCGUGGAACGAAGGGCUGGACCACUGCAACCCCGGCUGGCUGGCCGAUGGCAGUGCCCGCUACCCCAUCGUCACCCCCCGGGAGAAGUGCGGGGGCAACGUGCCCGGGGUCAAGACCCUCUUCCUCUUCCGUAACCAGACCGGCUUCCCUGAUCCCCGGAGCAAAUAUGACGUCUUCUGCUUCCGAGAAGAGAGCCACCCUUUGCCCGAGUCUCCGGCCUCCGAGGCCGAGGGCAGCCGGGAAGUGGUGACCGUCACCGAGAGGAUGGAAGAGCUGUGGCUGCCUCGGGCGGAGGCCAACGUGGCGGAUGUAGCAGCAAAGGAGUCCCGGGGGGCCAUCUACGCAGUGCCCCUCUCCCAGGACCUCCCUGAGGAAAAGCCGAGCAGUGAAACCGAGGAGGCUGUGGCCCCCCAAGAAGAGCCCAAGGCAGGCCCCGGGAGGUGCCAUCUCAGCCCCCCGGGAGAGGAGACAGGGCAAGGAGGCUGCACAGAGGGACACAGGCAGAUGGAGGAAGAGGAGAAUGGAGCCUUCAUCACAGAAGAGGAGGAGGAGGAGUGGAUGAUGCAUCCCAUCCAAAUCCAAGAGGGAGGCAGAGAGGAAGAGGCGGAGGACUAUGAUCCAUCUGCAGCGCCAGAGGUCACUCCCGAGGAGACCACAGCGGCAGACCUCGCACUCCAGACUGGUCAAGAAGGGACUGAAAUCUCCACAGUGGCCCCCAGCACCACCGCCAGCAGCAGCAGCUCUGAAGACCAGGAGGAGGAGGAGAAUGGGCCCCGGGGUGUCCAUGGCCCAGCGGAUCCUGCCCUGCCACUUUCUCAGGAGGAGCAUGGAGGGGAGGUGGAUCGCGACCAUGUGGAUGACUCCAAAGAAACCCCUCCAGACAUGGCUGCCGAGCAAAAGGUCAUCCUUCCUCUGGAGCAGAUGGCUAGGAAUGCCUCCGUCCGCCACGGUCACCUUGAGGGGGAUGGAGGAGAUGAAGAGGAUGGCGGGUGGCGCGAGGAGGCCUCAAGCGCCACUGCCCCCACCUCAGUAUGGAUGAUGACCUUGCCACCCGACGUGGCCACAGCCCCAGAGGGCAGCUUAGCUGUGGGGCUGCCAAGCCCUCCAGGGCCCCCCCCAGGCCAGUGAGUCAGAGAAGGGGAGUCUUCCGGUGCUGUGCCUUUGGGGCCGGCCAUGCCAGGGACCAUGACAGUGGCAUGGGCUGCCCCACUGCCCAAGGCCCUGAGCACAGUGGCUGGCACCUUGAAGGAGGAGAGCCAUGACCACAUUGGUACCGUGUGGCUCUUGCCAGGCAAUGCCACCAGAUCUUCUGCGUCUGGUUCUGGGGAUGCCAUGGUUGAUUUGGGUCGUCCGGUUGGUGCCAGCCCUCCUGAGGAGGAGGAGGAAGAGGAAGAGGAAGAGGAAGAUGGGGAGGAGACCACUGAGACGCCGGAGAGAAGCAGCCAAGGUGGCCCACUGGCCAAGGGCAGGGAAAGUGCCUCCUCCACCCCCGUUCCAGCCACCAGCCAAGAAGGGCAGGAUGGCAAUAAUGACGGAGGAGACCUGCCUGGCUUGCCCUUUAUGAGCAGGGCAUUCACAGCGCCCUCCUUGACCACCGCGCACCCUCUGCCCGCCCUGCCCACCGAGAGGGCCAGCCUGGGAGCCGGGGGAAACAUCUCAGGUGGCUGCAUGCCGGACCCCUGCCGCAACGGAGGCACUUGCCUGGAGGAAGAGGAGCGCAGCGCCUGUCUUUGUCUGCCAGGUUAUGCAGGGGAGGCCUGUGAGAUCGAGCUGGAGCAAUGCCGGUCCGGCUGGGACGCCUUCCAGGGCUUCUGCUACAAGCACUUCUCCACUCGGAGGAGCUGGGAGGAGGCCGAGACCCAGUGCCGCCUCCACGGGGGACACCUGGCCAACAUCAUGACCCCCGAGGAACAGAGCUUCAUCAACAAUCGCUACAAGGAGUAUCAGUGGAUCGGCCUGAAUGACCGGACAAUUGAAGGAGACUUCCAAUGGUCUGAUGGGAGCCCUUUGCUUUAUGAGAACUGGCACCCGGGGCAGCCAGACAGCUACUUCCUCUCCGGGGAGAACUGUGUGGUGAUCGUCUGGCAUGACGACGGGAAGUGGAGCGACGUGCCCUGCAACUACCACCUUUCCUACACCUGCAAGAUGGGGCUGGUUUUGUGUGGCUCACCGCCAGAGGUGGAAGAUGCCCAGAUCUUUGGCAAACCAAAGCAACACUAUGAGAUCCACUCCAUCAUCCGGUACCGGUGCCAGGAGGGCUUUGUCCAGCACCACUCGCCCAUCAUCCGCUGCCAAGAGGAUGGCCAGUGGGAAGCCCCCCAGUUCACCUGCGCCCCACAAGGGACCGAUCCAGCCCAGGACUGAUGACUGGAGACCCACCUGCUGCUGGAUGCUGCCCCAGACUGACUGCGAUGGCGGAAGGGGCAGUUUUGGAUAAACCACAUGGAAAACCAACUGGGAACAACCAUGGUGCCUUCUUUCCACUCACCCCAUCCCUGUUCUUUAUUAUUAUUAUUAUUAUUAUUAUUAUUAUUAUUAUUAUUAUUUG